AUGGUUCACAUAGCUCCUAAGCUCGUGGCGGAGCACAAGAAGAAUGGGAGGCCUACAUUCUCUUUCGAAUACUUUGUUCCAAAGACAGCUCAGGGUGUUCAAAAUCUUUAUGACCGCAUGGACCGUAUGAACCAGCUUGGGCCUCAAUUCAUCGACAUUACCUGGAAUGCUGGUGGUCGUCUUUCUAAUUUGACUUGUGAAAUGGUCAAUGUCGCACAAUCGGUCUACGGAAUCGAGACAUGCAUGCAUCUUACCUGUACAGGAAUGCCCAAAUCCAAGGUUGACAAUGCCCUGAAGGAAGCUUAUAAAGCCGGGUGCACGAACAUUCUUGCCCUUCGCGGAGAUCCUCCUAGAGAAAACGAGAAGUGGGAGGCUGACCCUCACGGCUUCCGCUACGCUAAGGAUCUCGUAAAGUACAUUAAAUCAAAUUAUGGAAACCACUUUGACAUUCAUGUCGCCGGUUACCCGGAGGGAUGCGACGAUGGCACCGACCCAGAAUUGCUUCUUGAGCACUUGAAGGAGAAGGUGGAUGCUGGUGCCUCUAGCAUUAUCACUCAGAUGUUCUACGACGUCGACAUCUUUUUGGACUGGGUUAGAAAGUGUAGGGAUAUCGGUAUUACUGUACCUAUUAUUCCCGGUAUCAUGCCUAUCCACACAUAUGCUGCGUUCAUGAGGAGAGCUACUUGGACAAAGUGCCACAUCCCCGAGAAGUGGCUGUACCUGCUAGAGCCUGUUAAGAAUGAUGACGUCGCUGUGAGGGAUAUCGGGAGGGAUUUGAUGGUCGAGUUGUGCCAGAAGAUCAUUGACGCAGGGAUCCUACACCUUCACUUUUAUACUAUGAAUCUGGCAACCGCCACCCGCAUGUGUCUUGAGGGGCUUGGGCUCAUUCCCUCACUUCAAGAGCGCACCAAGGCUCUUCCCUUCCGCCCAUCUCUGGGUCUUAACCGAAAGGAAGAGAAUGUCCGCCCUAUCUUCUGGAAGAACCGUCACAUGUCCUAUGUUCAACGCACCCAGGAGUGGGAUGAGUUCCCUAAUGGCCGCUGGGGUGAUUCCCGGUCACCGGCUUUCGGGGAGCUGGAUGCAUACGGUAUUGGUCUGCGGGGCAGCAAUGAAGCAAACAUCAAGAUCUAUGGAUAUCCAAAGACAAUUCGGGACCUUGGCGAGCUCAUCAAGCAGUACCUCACAGGAAACCUUCCGUCAUUGCCUUGGUCUGAGGGAUACAUCAACUCAGAGGCCGAUACGAUUAGGGAUGAGCUUUUGAAGCUGAACGAGCGUGGUUUCUUGACCAUCAACUCCCAGCCUGCUGUUAACGGUGUGAAAUCUACCCAUCCUGUCUAUGGCUGGGGUCCCAAAAAUGGAUAUGUGUACCAAAAGUCCUACCUUGAGCUUCUAGUAUCCCCUGAGCAUCUCGCCGAGCUUAUCACUCGUAUCGAGAGGGAUCCAGAUUUGUCGUACCACGCUGUCGAUAAGAAUGGAACCCUCAAGACCAAUUCCAGCGAGGGCCCCAACGCCGUUACUUGGGGUGUAUACCCCGGCAAGGAGAUCAUCCAACCAACCAUUGUCGAGACGAUCAGUUUCCUCGCUUGGAAAGACGAAGCCUUCAGACUUGGUGACGAUUGGGCCAAGUGUUACGAGGCAGACAGUGCAAGCAGGCACUUGAUCCAGGAGGUCAUGGAUACUUGGUUCUUGUUGAACAUCGUUGACAACGAUUUCUACCGGAGCGAGAAAAUUUACAGGCUCUUUGACGGCAUGGAGGUUCCCAACAUGGAUGAGAGCCUCAUCGAUGGCCUAACCUCAGCUUAAUAGCCUUUCCUUGUUUACCUUUUUCAUCUUCCAUAUCCCCCUCUCUAAGGGGGAAAAAAUAUCGGAGUUUUAGAAGUGACUAGCGGAGCUGAGGUUUAGAUUUUUAACUAAAAAUUAUCCUUUCCCUAUCUUUCCCUUUCCCGUCUCUUUGUUUUGCUUGUUGGAGGGGGGACACGUACUAUGGAGGACAAACUUCAACAUGUUUGGCCGGUGGUGCAUGGGAAUGGGUUUCGGAGGCGUUUUGUGUGAUUUUCAAGCGGAUUGGGCGUAGGUGGAUGUUGUUUCAACACGUAUGUAGGGUUGGGUUUGAUUUUUCAGUCUCUGUGUCCGGCCCGCUUGCUCCUUCGUCUGUUUGUAACGGGAUAAUGUUACUGGGAGGUUAUAUCUGGG